UAACGAAUCGGUUGGGUAGGAUUUGCGUGCAGCGGUAAAACAAAAUAUACCUACAGCGUCGUGGAACGUGUUUAAUGUGUAGUGCCAUAAAAUGGAGCAAUCAGUGUCCCAUAUAUAAAAUAUAUAAAAUGAGUGGUGCAGUGCCACCGCACCUUACCGCACCAUAAACAGUAAUUAGUGCUUAAGGCAGCUCAACAACGAAACAACCGGGGCCCCGGUUCCUCCCCGCUUUCGUGUGGUGACCGACCAUCUGUGGCCCCGGUAGAACGCGGAGGUUCCUAAACUUGCCCGGCUCCGGCCGAUCUGGAUACUGGUAUUGUCAAGUGCAAAUGAGAAUUUUUUUUCUCAUUCGUAAGUGUUUUUCAAGUACAACCGUUGGCAGUGAGAUCAUUGUCGCCUGUCUGGUGAUCGCCGCUGCCGUAGCUCUUCCAGCUCCAGCUCCCGGAUAUGUUGUAGCAGCACCCAUUGCCGUUAGCCACGCACACACCCACGUGGUACACGCGCCGAUCGUGAAAACCGUGUACUCUCCUGUCGUGAAGUAUCAUGCCGUUCCGGUGAUCAAGACGGUGCCAGUGAUCAAAACUGUUCCGAUCUACAAAAGUGUCAUAGCUAGCCCAGUUUAUCUACAUCAUCACUAAACGACGAGGUUUAGCCGUCAUUGGCCGUAGGUUAAUAGGUUUUAUUUAUUGUCACUGCCGAGGCUUAAGUGCUGAAUAAAAAAAUCAAACAGUUUUUGAAUAUAAAAUUAUUUAAAACUAAA